AUGUCGGCCAAGGUGCGGCUCAAGAAGCUGGAGCAGCUGCUCCUGGACGGGCCGUGGCGCAAUGAGAGCGCCCUGAGCGUGGAGACGCUGCUGGACGUGCUGGUGUGCCUCUACACCGAGUGCAGCCACUCGGCGCUGCGCCGCGACAAGUAUGUGGCGGAGUUCCUCGAGUGGGCUAAACCAUUCACACAGCUUGUGAAGGACAUGCAGCUUCAUCGGGAAGAUUUUGAGAUCAUCAAAGUGAUCGGAAGAGGGGCUUUUGGUGAGGUUGCUGUUGUCAAAAUGAAGAGCACUGAACGAAUUUAUGCGAUGAAAAUUCUCAACAAAUGGGAGAUGCUAAAGCGGGCAGAGACUGCGUGUUUCCGAGAAGAACGCGACGUGCUGGUGAACGGCGACUGCCAGUGGAUCACUGCGCUGCACUAUGCCUUUCAGGAUGAGAACUACCUGUACUUGGUUAUGGAUUACUAUGUGGGCGGUGAUUUGUUGACCCUGCUGAGUAAAUUUGAAGACAAGCUUCCAGAAGACAUGGCAAGGUUCUACAUUGGUGAAAUGGUGUUGGCCAUUGAUUCGAUCCAUCAGCUUCACUACGUGCACAGAGACAUUAAGCCUGACAAUGUCCUUUUGGAUGUGAAUGGUCAUAUCCGGCUGGCUGACUUUGGAUCGUGUUUGAAGAUGAAUGAUGAUGGAACUGUUCAGUCUUCAGUGGCUGUGGGUACACCUGACUACAUCUCACCAGAGAUCCUGCAGGCCAUGGAGGAUGGCAUGGGCAAAUAUGGACCUGAGUGUGACUGGUGGUCGCUGGGCGUCUGCAUGUAUGAGAUGCUGUAUGGAGAAACGCCAUUUUAUGCAGAGUCACUGGUGGAAACCUAUGGCAAGAUCAUGAACCAUGAGGAGCGAUUUCAGUUCCCAUCCCAUGUCACUGAUGUCUCUGAAGAAGCAAAGGAUCUUAUUCAGAGACUGAUAUGCAGCAGAGAACGCCGGCUUGGGCAGAAUGGAAUAGAGGACUUUAAAAAACAUGCAUUCUUCGAAGGCCUGAAUUGGGAAAAUAUACGAAACCUAGAAGCUCCAUACAUCCCUGAUGUGAGCAGUCCUUCUGACACGUCCAACUUCGACGUGGAUGAUGACAUGCUGAGAAACACUGAAAUAUUACCUCCCGGCUCUCACACCGGCUUCUCUGGGUUGCAUUUGCCAUUCAUCGGCUUCACAUUCACAACAGAAAGCUGUUUUUCUGACCGAGGCUCUCUGAAGAGCAUGAUGCAGUCCAACACAUUAACCAAAGAUGAAGAUGUGCAACGUGAUCUGGAGAAUAGCCUGCAGGUGGAGGCUUAUGAGCGAAGGAUACGAAGACUGGAACAAGAGAAACUAGAGCUGAGCCGGAAGCUGCAGGAAUCCACCCAGACUGUGCAGUCCCUUCACGGUUCCACGCGGGCCCUGGGCAACUCCAACCGGGACAAAGAAAUCAAGAGGCUAAAUGAAGAAAUUGAGCGUUUGAAAAAUAAAAUGGCAGAUUCAAACAGGCUUGAGCGACAGCUUGAGGACACAGUGACACUGCGCCAGGAGCAUGAGGACUCCACACACCGGCUGAAAGGCCUGGAGAAGCAGUACCGCCUGGUGCGGCAGGAGAAGGAAGAAUUGCACAAGCAAUUGGUUGAAGCUUCAGAGCGAUUGAAAUCCCAGACCAAAGAACUCAAAGAUGCCCAUCAGCAGCGAAAGCGGGCCCUGCAGGAGUUUUCAGAGCUCAAUGAGCGCAUGGCCGAGCUCAGGUCCCAGAAGCAGAAGGUGUCCCGCCAACUCCGUGACAAAGAGGAGGAGAUGGAGGUGGCCAUGCAGAAGAUUGACUCCAUGCGGCAGGAUAUCCGCAAAUCUGAGAAGUUUAGGAAGGAGCUGGAAGCUCAACUUGAGGAUGCAACUGCCGAAGCCUCCAAAGAACGAAAGCUGCGCGAGCACAGCGAGAGCUUCUGCAAGCAGAUGGAGAGCGAGCUGGAGGCCCUCAAGGUGAAGCAAGGAGGCCGGGGGCCAGGUGCCACAUUAGAACACCAGCAGGAAAUCUCCAAAAUCAAGUCAGAGCUUGAGAAGAAAGUCCUGUUCUAUGAAGAGGAGUUGGUCCGCCGAGAGGCCUCCCAUGUGCUAGAAGUAAAGAAUGUGAAAAAGGAGGUGCAUGAUUCAGAAAGCCACCAGCUGGCCCUGCAGAAGGAAAUCCUGAUGCUGAAGGAUAAACUAGAGAAGUCGAAGCGAGAACGGCAUAAUGAGAUGGAGGAGGCAGUAGGCACAGUAAAAGAUAAGUACGAACGCGAAAGAGCCAUGCUGUUGGAUGAAAACAAGAAGCUGACAGCUGAAAAUGAGAAGCUUUGUUCCUUUGUGGAUAAACUCACAGCCCAAAAUAGACAGCUGGAAGACGAGCUGCAGGAUCUGGCAUCUAAGAAGGAGUCCGUUGCGCAUUGGGAAGCCCAGAUCGCAGAGAUCAUUCAGUGGGUCAGCGAUGAGAAAGAUGCUAGGGGCUACCUCCAAGCCCUCGCUUCUAAGAUGACCGAAGAGCUUGAGGCUUUGAGAAGCUCUAGUUUGGGAUCAAGAACUCUGGAUCCACUCUGGAAAGUUCGCCGAAGUCAGAAGCUGGACAUGUCUGCACGGCUGGAACUGCAGUCUGCUCUUGAGGCAGAGAUCCGCGCCAAGCAGCUGGUUCAAGAGGAGCUGAGGAAGGUCAAAGACACAAGCCUCUCCUUUGAAAGUAAACUAAAGGAAUCUGAAGCCAAAAACAGGGAGUUAUUAGAAGAAAUGCAGAUUCUGAAGAAAAAGAUGGAAGAAAAAUUUAGAGCGGAUACAGGGCUCAAACUUCCAGAUUUCCAGGACUCUAUCUUUGAGUAUUUCAACACUGCUCCUCUCGCACACGACCUCACGUUCAGAGACUCGCUCUCCUCCUCGUCUGCAUCUUCUCUGCUAGCCUUGUGGGAGGACACUAGCUCAGCCAGUGAUCAAGAAGCACAGGCUUCGAAGCCAGACUUGUCCCCUUCAGUGUCUGUGGCCACAAGUACAGAGCAGCAGGAGGAUAUGCCUCGGCCCCAGCAGAGGCCGUCUGCUGUUCCACUGCCCAGCACACAGGCCCUUGCCAUGGCUGGACCCAAGCCCAAAGCACACCAGUUCAGCAUCAAGUCCUUUCCCAGCCCCACCCAGUGCAGCCACUGCACAUCCUUGAUGGUUGGUCUGAUCCGACAGGGCUAUGCCUGUGAAGUGUGUGCGUUUUCCUGCCAUGUGUCCUGCAAAGACAGCGCUCCCCAGGUGUGCCCCAUUCCUCCCGAGCAGUCCAAGAGGCCUCUGGGCGUGGAUGUGCAGAGGGGCAUAGGCACAGCCUACAAGGGUUAUGUCAAGGUCCCAAAGCCCACAGGAGUGAAGAAGGGAUGGCAGCGGGCAUAUGCAGUGGUUUGCGACUGCAAGCUCUUUCUGUACGACCUGCCAGAAGGAAAGUCCACCCAGCCUGGUGUCAUCGCUAGUCAAGUCUUGGACCUCAGAGAUGACGAGUUUUCCGUGAGCUCAGUCCUGGCCUCAGAUGUCAUCCAUGCAACACGCCGAGACAUUCCAUGUAUAUUCAGGGUGACGGCCUCUCUCUUAGGUUCACCUUCUAAGGCCAGCUCACUGCUCAUCCUGACGGAAAACGAGAAUGAGAAGAGGAAGUGGGUUGGGAUCCUUGAAGGACUGCAGGCCAUCCUCCAUAAGAACCGGCUGAGGAGCCAGGUGGUGCACGUCGCUCAGGAGGCCUAUGACAGCAGUCUGCCGCUCAUCAAGGCUGUUCUCGCUGCCGCUAUCGUGGAUGGAGACAGGAUUGCAGUCGGCCUGGAAGAGGGGCUCUACGUCAUUGAGCUCACCCGAGAUGUGAUUGUCCGCGCUGCUGACUGCAAGAAAGUGUACCAGAUCGAACUGGCGCCCAAGGAGAAGAUCAUCAUCCUCCUCUGUGGCCGAAACCACCACGUGCACCUCUACCCCUGGUCCUCCUUUGAUGGAGCAGAAGCAAGCAACUUUGAUAUCAAGCUUCCCGAAACGAAAGGCUGCCAACUCAUAGCAACAGGGACACUGAGGAAGAGUUCGUCCACCUGCCUGUUUGUAGCCGUGAAGCGACUGAUCCUUUGCUAUGAGAUUCAGAGAACUAAACCUUUCCACAGGAAGUUCAAUGAACUGGUGGCACCAGGACACGUGCAGUGGAUGGCCGUGUUCAAGGACAGGCUCUGUGUUGGCUACCCUUCUGGGUUCUCUCUGUUGAGCAUCCAGGGGGACGGGCAGCCUCUAGACCUGGUAAAUCCCACUGAUCCCUCGCUUGCGUUCCUCUCACAGCAGUCUUUCGAUGCCCUUUGUGCUGUGGAGCUCAAAAGUGAGGAAUACCUGCUUUGCUUCAGCCACAUGGGACUGUACGUGGACCCUCAAGGCCGGAGGUCACGCAUGCAGGAGCUCAUGUGGCCUGCGGCUCCUGUCGCCUGUAGUUGCAGCCCCUCCCAUGUCACGGUGUACAGCGAGUACGGGGUAGACGUCUUUGACGUGCGCACCAUGGAGUGGGUGCAGACCAUCGGCCUGCGGAGGAUACGACCUUUGAACUCUGAUGGUACCCUCAACCUGCUGGGCUGUGAGCCCCCACGCCUCAUCUACUUCAAGAACAAGUUCUCAGGAGCUGUCCUCAAUGUGCCCGAUACCUCGGACAACAGCAAGAAGCAGAUGCUGCGGACUCGGAGCAAACGGCGUUUUGUCUUCAAAGUUCCGGAAGAAGAGCGGCUGCAGCAGCGGCGAGAGAUGCUCAGAGACCCAGAAUUGAGAUCCAAAAUGAUAUCCAACCCGACCAACUUCAACCACGUGGCUCAUAUGGGCCCCGGGGAUGGGAUGCAGGUGCUCAUGGACCUGCCUCUGAGUGCCGCACCCCCUGCCCAGGAGGAGAAGCAGGGCCCUGCCCCUUCGGGUCCCCCUCGGCAGCCCCCGUCCAGGAGCAAACCCUACAUCUCAUGGCCCUCAUCAGGUGGGUCUGAGCCUGGAGUGAGCGUGCCUCUGAGGAGCAUGUCCGAUCCCGACCAGGACUUUGACAGAGAGCCUGACUCCGAUUCCACCAAACACUCAACUCCAUCCAAUAGCUCCAACCCUAGCGGCCCUCCAAGCCCCAACUCGCCCCAUCGGAACCAGCUCCCUAUGGAAGGCCUGGAACAGCCAGCCUGUGAUGCCUGAGGCGGCCAGCAUAGCAGUGCAGGGCCUGGGAGCCCAGAUGGCCCCAAUGUCAGUGCCAAGACUGAGCUGACCCUCCAGUGUUGUCCAAGGAGAUGUAGAAUCAGUUUGUAGAUAGAUAAAAUAAUCUUUAUUAUAAUGACCAGUUUUGUGCCACGUUGUUAGUGGCAAUCGACCAGAUGUGUUUGUCUGCACAGCCGUAAGGCAACACUGUUCCGUUUGCACAUGAAGGACCACCCUGACCCAUGGGCUUCCUCGGCAGAUGCUGGGGGUGUGGCCUCAAGCCCUUCCCUUUUUCCUGAAACUGUCUCAAGGACCUUAGAAGACUCAAGUCGUGCGUGCGUCACCCCAGUGUCAAGGAGGCAGAGGCUAGUUUGUGGCACUUUUGUUCACUUAGCCCUACAGUUGCCGCUGUCCUGCUGACUGCCUGUGUCCCUGUUAGUCCAUGCCGGGCCACAGCCACAAGAUGCCCCCGCUGCAUCUGCAGUCUGCCGCAGGCUAGCACUGGGGCUGGCAAGCCCAUGGCCUGCUGAGCUCAGAGGCGGCUGGAGCCUGGGAAGCCAUGCCCCAGGCCCUGGGACAUCCCCUCCCUCUCCCCUCACCCUGCAUGGAGCCUCUGUGCUUAAUAGCCCAGUCAGUCACAUAGAAUCACCCGACACUCCUGCACAUCGGCCCAUACCGCAGGCCCGCGAGCACCACCUGUAUUUAACCUCAUCCUCCCUGUGACCUGUGUUGAGUGGUCAGGUCUGCGGCCCAGCCCACGAAGGCUGUGUUGACUGUGGCAGCAGGCAUGUCUUGUCCUCUUGUUGGACAGGCUUCCCUUGCCUGUUGGUAUGCUUGGUGACACUAUUCAGGAUGUGCACUUGGCCGAGUCGGCACUGAGGGUUGUGGCACUGCUGGCCCUGCCUGCGUGUCACACCCAGCACCUGCCUGCCCCAUCCACCCUCCCCAGCUUUACACUGGGGCACGCACCUGCUGGGAGCUCUGGUUUUUACUUUUUAAUGUAAGUCUGAGUCUUUGUAAUUAUUGAAUUGUGAGAACAUUUUUGAACAACUUACCUGUCAAUAAAGCAGAAUACGGCA